AUGGUUCACACUUGUCAAAAAGUUUUUGACUCGCUAUCUUUAAUUUCCAUAUUUGGGUCAAAUCAUUUUACCGCGAAAAUCUUAUUUUUCAAACAUCAAGAGAUAAACACUAUUUUAAGUACAAAAUAUGCCAUGACAUCAUUUUGCGAAAACCUUAUGCUGAUUUUUAAAAAAUUUUUCAAAUUAAUAAUAAAAAUCAAUUAUAUAAAACUAUAUUGAACUAGUUUAAAACGAGGGAUUUUUUUUUAUUAUAAUCUGAAUAUUUCUCUGAAUAGUGAGGGGUCUAGUCUAAGAUGUACAAGAUAUGAAGUCCAUUAG